CUGCACUCUUAGUGCAGUGAAGUCAGGCAUCAGCACGCCUGAGGUGAUCGGCGGGAUUACAGGCGCUGUUCAUUCCGGUUGCCGCCGACAUUAAUAUCGCCGGCGAGAGGAGUCUCCUCCUUUAUCCGCUAGACCGACCACUUUCAUUCUCUUUGGUUGAUAUAUACGGAGUAUUUAUUAAAGGUGGUUGAAACUUCAACCCAAUCAUACCGCGCCCCACUCCGGAAUUCUCUCCCUCCACUUCUCGCUUGCUUCCACGCACAGUCGCACGACCUGUACAUAACUCCCUCCAUCGCACUCUGUUGAUUGAGACGCUUUCGUGCUGGAUUCGCUCUCCGACGAUUUCCGCGGGGACUUGAUUCAUAGUUAGAAUGUUGGUGGAGACGGAGAAGAUGUUCAAUUCAGAGGAAGUUAUUGAGGAAUUCGAGGCGCUGACCCGGGAUGCAGGGAGAGUUCAAGAGGAGACUCUGAGGAGGAUUUUGGUAGAGAACGGUGAGACGGAGUAUCUGCUGAAAUGGGGUCUCGGCGGAAGGACGGACCCUGAGAGUUUCAAAGCCUGUAUCCCUAUUGCCUUGCACGAGGAUUUGGAGCCUUAUAUUCAGAGGAUUGCAGAUGGUGAUGACUCUCCUAUUCUCACUAGCAAACCCAUUACCACCAUCUCACUCAGUUCCGGAACAACUCAGGGGAAGCCAAAGUUUGUGCCUUUCAGUGACGAAUUAAUGAAUUCCACCAUGCAGAUAUACAAGACAUCUUUUGCUUAUAGGAACCGGUAUUCUAAGGUUUCCUCAUUUGAAAAAAAAAGAUUUCUUUAAUCCCCGCACCCACCCACCUAAGUGCAGCAAGAGCAUGAUUUCUUUUUACUGAAAAGAAGACUUUUUCUUGAUUUGUGGGUUAUAUUAAAAGAAGCGUGUGCCUUGGUAGCAUUUUACUGAGAAGAAGACUUUUGUUGAUGUGUGGGUUAGUAUGAUUAUUACUAUUAAGUAUGAGUUUAAUUACAGGUGUGUGCCUUGGUAACAUCUACUAAGAAGAAGGCUUUUGUUGAUUUGUGGGUUACAUU